AUGGCUGUUGCGCCGGGCCCAUCUGGGCACCAACCUACAGCCCGGCAACUUGUCGAAGGAAUUGCCGAGGAACAUGGCAUUGUGCCCGAAAAUGAUAUGGCAGAAAUUGGUACAAUGAGCCAACGUAUUCGGACAGUCGUGGAGAAAGCUUUGCUACAGAAAGACCAACUGAUCGGGUCUUCCAUAUUGACACUGGCAAAGAACCUCAACACAAGCCAUGCCCGUUUCCUCUUCGAACUUCUCCAAAAUGCCGAUGAUAACAAAUUCGCUGCGGCGAGGAGUCGCGGCUCUGAUCCGUAUGUGGUUUUCAGCGUCUACCGCGACCAGAUCAAGAUCAAGUGCAACGAAGACGGCUUUACGUACCGUGAUCUCAAGGCUAUAUGUGCGAUUGGCCAAAGCUCAAAGAAUCGCAGUCAUGGCUACAUUGGGGAGAAAGGCAUCGGUUUUAAAUCCGUUUUCAUGGCUGCUUGGAAGGUACAUAUCCUCUCAAACGACUUCUCGUUCAGCUUCAUCCAUCAUAAGGGUGACAGCGGGCUUGGAAUGGUGAGCCCCAUCUGGGAGCCAGACUUUAUACCGCAGGGUGACCAAGCCCCGAGUUGCAUCACACUCCAUCUCCAUCAAUACGAUGAUACGUCUCUUUCAGAAGCGAUGAGACAAAGAGAGGAGAUUGAUAGAGAGUUCGCAAAUCUUCCAAUCACGGUUCUCUUUUUCCUGAGGAAUUUAAGACGUAUCGAGAUCCAAUUGCACAACGACGAUGACGAGGAAACAAGACGAGUGGAGUAUUCUCUUCCCGAUUCCAACUCAGCUACGCUAAUGGAAAGAGUGUGGCUACCGCAACAUGGUCGUUCUUCUGGCGAAUCUAUCCAGAGAAAGUAUCAUGUCACACGUCAAUCGAUUCAAGAUGCUCCUCCAAACGAGAAUCGAGAGUUUUCUGAGGGCAACAGCCGUGCGGAUUCCGAGACUGAGAUUGUUCUGGUUUUCCCCCUUGAUGAAGACAACACUCCAAUUGUUGAGAACCAGUCGGUGUUCGCAUUCCUUCCAACGAGGCCCAUGGGCUUCAAGUUCAUUAUCCAAGCCGAUUUUGUCACCAAUUCAUCUCGCGAAGGAAUCGUGACGUCAUCGGCACGGAACUUGGCCAUCAGAGACGGCAUUGCGACAUGUUUUGUUGAAGCGAUGGAAGAAUUGUGUCAGCAUCCCACGUUACAAUUCCAAUGGAUGAGGUGGCUUCCCCAGAGACAUUCAUAUCCUUGGGGCAGCUUCUGGAACGCCUUGCUCGAGGACAUUAUGAGCCGUAUCAAGAAGAGCAAGAUCCUUCGGACAAGAGGUAGCGGCCGCCUAGGCGAGAUACACGCGUUGAGGCGUCUGCAAUCCAACUGGCUUGACGGAAACGGGACUCCGUUGUUUGAGGACCUCAAUGCUGAAAUCUACACCGCUAAAGAGUACAACAUCACAGACUUGAGCUUGCUUGAGCCUUAUGGUCUUCGAUGGCUGUCUGCAGAAGAGCGGAUAGCUCGUGUGGAAAUGGACCUAAGCCAACCGACCGACAAGUCGCGGAUGAAGAGCCCGUCCACCAGUACGCAAUGGCAUUCAUUGGCCGCCACUGCAAUUCAGAGACUCGCAAAUACUGCCUCUCCACAGAACCUAGCGAGGAUUCACUCUUUGGAAAUCAUACCUCUGAGAGAUGGUAGUUGGACCUCAACCAAUGGCAGCAGACGACCGAUCUACUUUCCUCGCUGCCAGGAUGGUCUUGAGAUUCCUGCUAACCUUCCUCUGUCUCUCGUCAGCCUGGAUGCAUCUGUUAUUGAUGAACGACACAAGCUCUUUGAAUUGCUGGGUGUUCAAACAGCGGCGGCUGAAGAGAUCCGAAGCUUCAUUUUCAGGGAUCCAGUCCCAAUGUUGAAGACCGAAGCGACUCUGUUGGCAUCCGUCGACAACCUAAGGUUCCUCUAUUUAUCUCAUAGUACUAUUCCUGAUGAAGAGAAUGCGACCGCUUUCUCUAGCGUCUUUGUUUUCGACCAUACAAUGGAGGUUGGGCUACCGCAUCAUCAGGAUAUUUACCUCGCAACAAACAAUCUCUACGGUCCUCACCAACUUCUGCAACCUACCUCGAGUCAAACAGGCGGCUUCUUUGUGCCAUUUUUGCACAGUCAGUAUUCUGAAAGUCCUCCAGAGACACCGAUUGGAUCGCAGCAGACUUGGUCCGAUUGGCUUGAACAUUUUCUUCGAGUGCGCAGUCGUUUGAGAUUGACGGCCGCGACAUCUCCAGAAAACCUCUCUCCCGAGCUUGACUACGUCCGCAUGUUUCGCCCGGCAUGCUUUAUUGGCGCGCUCCAGCAUCAUUGGACACUCCUGGAUAAAGAUGAAGAUGCUAGUCCGAGAUUCAUUCGCAAGCUCCGUACCCUCAGCGUCGUUUGUCAGGAUGGCAGAGAGUACCCACUGUCAGAGACAACAUUGCCGCUGUCUGAGCUCCAAGCUAUAUGUUCUUCAUAUCUCGAAGAUUCGACGAUCAAUUUUCUUCAAAUUGACGAGGCUAUUCAUUCUGCUUCAUAUCAGUCGAAAUGGGCUUUCCUGGUCGACGAGCUUGGCGUCCGAGCUCGGGAUGACGUGAACUACUAUCUCUCCAUUCUUCAAUGUAUCAUCGAAGCUCAGCCCCAGCAGAGCAAUUACAGCAAGGCUUUGAGCAUCGUCUAUGAAAUGAUACAACUCCGGUGUGAAGAGUCUGCAUCCAAGGAGCAAGUUAGGACAGUUGUGAAGUGA